AAAGGUGUUCAUGGUGACUUCUCAGUGUAGGUUUUACUUUUUCUCAAAGGAGGUUUGACAGCAUAAAGGAAAAACAAUUUUUUAGUUAAUUUUUUUUUCUUCAACUGACUUUUUGCAAACUGCAGACUCAGACACAGGACUCAACGGUAUAUUCCUGGAAGGCAAGGUACUAUUAUGGCAAGCACAAUCAGUUUCAUCAUCUGGGUGUUGUUCGUAACAGACACGGUGUGGACUCAGAAUGUGAGACAGGUCUAUGAGGUACAUGAGCCAGGGGAUUGGAUGAUUGAAGACUUCGAUUGUCCCAGGGAAUGCUUCUGUCCCCCAAGUUUCCCUACUGCUUUAUAUUGUGAAAAUCGAGGUCUCAAAGAAAUCCCUGCUAUUCCUUCACGGAUCUGGUAUCUGUACCUUGAGAACAACCAGAUAGAAACCAUUCCUGAGAAGCCGUUCGAGAAUGCCACCCAGUUGAGAUGGAUAAAUUUAAAUAAGAACAAAAUAACYAACUAUGGAAUUGAAAAAGGAGCCCUAAGUCAGCUGAAGAAGCUGCUUUUCUUAUUUCUUGAAGACAAUGAGCUAGAAGAAGUACCUUCUCCAUUGCCAAGAAGUUUAGAACAGUUACAGUUAGCUAGAAACAAAGUGUCCAGAAUUCCUCAAGGGACCUUUAGCAAUCUAGAAAAUCUAACCCUUCUGGAUCUGCAGCACAAUAAACUAUUAGACAAYGCCUUUCAAAGAGAUACCUUCAAGGGACUCAAGAACCUCAUGCAGCUAAAUAUGGCCAAGAAUGCUCUGAGGAACAUGCCACCAAGAUUACCAGCCAACACAAUGCAACUGUUCCUGGACAACAAUUCCAUUGAAGGAAUACCAGAAAAUUAUUUUAAUGUAAUUCCUAAAGUGGCCUUCCUGAGGCUCAACCAUAACAAAUUAUCAGAUUCAGGGCUCCCAUCCAGUGGUUUUGAUGUGUCAUCCAUUCUAGAUCUUCAACUGUCUCAUAAUCAACUCACAAAGUUUCCCCGMAUCAAUGCCCACCUGCAACACCUUCACCUGGAUCACAACAAAAUUAAACGUGUGAACGUCUCUGUAAUCUGUCCUACAUCUACGGCACUGCAUGCAGAACAAGAUGUCUUUAUUCAUGGACCUCAGCUGAGCUACCUCCGUCUGGAUGGAAAUGAAAUCAGGCCACCGAUCCCAAUGGAUUUAAUGACGUGCUUCAGGCUUCUUCAGGCUGUCAUUAUUUAAAUACAUCUUCACAAAUCUAGAUUGGUUUAGUGAGCUCAUGUUUCUGACAUGAAAUUUGGUCAUUAUUCAUAGGUUUAGGGAAAAAAAUCAUAUUUCCAGUUGCUCUUGGCCACCAUUUUCAUUUGUGCGGCUUAGGCUUUUUUUUGUAUUUGAAGAGGCUUUCAUCAAUGACUCACGGUGUGGCUCGUAUUAAUUUUCUUUUCUUUACUAAAUACAGACACAGAGGGUCUGGGUUGUGGC